AUGAUAUUUUUUGUUCGACAUGGAGAGAGAGCUGAUUAAACAAAUGAUAUUGAAGAGAGAAAAAGAAUGUAAAAAUCAUUUGAUCCUAACCUUACCCAUAAAGGAGAUAAAUAAGCAAGAAUGACAGGUGCCCAUUUAAAUAAAGUAAUAUAAGAGUAUGCAAAUCAAAAACAAAUUCAACUUAAAGACAUAUAAAUCAAUUUUAUGACUUCACCAUUUCUUAGAUGCAUUUAAACCUCCAUUAAUCUGAUGAGGGAAAUCCCUAAUAAUUCAAAGCUAUAUAUUUAAGAUGAAAUUGGAGAAUUAAUGUAUACAUACGACUUUUCUUCAAACAUUCUUGAUAAACUACAUAUUAGAACUGAAUAACAUCCAGUCCUAACAAAGGAGUAUUAAAAUGGAGUUUAAAUUAUAAAGGAAAGAUUUAUUAAAAAUCCUAAUCUACCCUAACCUGUUUUUCCAGAGAAUGAUAAUUUAUGUUUCAAGAGAAUUCAGGCUUUCAUGCAUGAACUUAAAACUCAAAUGACAAAACUUCCAAAUAAAACUAAUACAAUCAAUAUCUGUGUCACACAUCAAGGAGUUGUUGAUUUGAGUUUAACGAUUGAAAAGUUCCAUAAUAAUGAUUGGAUUGAUUAUUGCGGAGUCUCCUCCUUUAUAUUAGAAGAUAAUGGAAGUGUAAAGAUUGGACUUAAAGGAUAAAUCUUUUGGAAAUGA